AUGCGGGUGAUUUGUUUCCAUCAUGACCUCGCUUGGCACAGGGUGACGGUAAUUUUACACAGUCGAGCUCAGAUUUUGGUCAGAGCGAUCGGCAUCCUCAGCCACAAGACGGAAAUCUCCCCGUAUGUCUACCGAGAAAGUUACGGUACCAUCCUACUCUUCUGCGCGGCCAGCGGUAACUUUAAAUUACGGUACUUUUUCACUAGCAAAAAUACUGCCGCGCUCGAGCUCGGAGGACUGCAGCCAAUCGCUGGCUCGGCUCGUCUGACCGCCUUUGUUGCGCAGGAUCGUCCGCUCAGCCAGCAUCGAGGCGACGAUACCAGCUUAAAGGAUGCGGACGAAAAGGCUGCAAUGAGCACAGCCCGCGGGAAGCGGGAGAUGAAUAGACCAUGGAUAUUUUUUCUGGAACUUUUGAGAGAGCACUCUAUUCCAUCAGCCCUAGCAUUCAGCAAAGCCCAUUUGAAUCUUACAGGUAUAUGUAUGCGAUCCGGAGCUAGCUUCACUUAA